CGGAAGCUCGUUACCAUUUGUAACGAGCUGCUAGCAUCUGACAAUUAUCUACUCCCAUCCAUCGUUCCACUGCAAUACUAGCAUAUAGGAUAUGUAGCUGCCAAGGGACUGGAGGAGUCCUACAUAUCACAUUACCUGUGAUAUGUAGCUGCUCAGCUCAGCUCAGCGCGACUGGAGUAUUAGGUGCUCCUUCCUCACCCAGCAACAGAUCGGUCCAAGCCCAACAAUCAAAUCAAAUCAAAUCAAAUCAAACCACAAGAAUAAGGGACAACCAGGGGCAGCGGAGUAGCAGACCUAGGGCAUCAAACCAUGGACUGGCGCACCCAGCUCCAUCCCGAGGCGCGCAGCAGGAUCGUCAAUAAGAUAAUGGAGCAUCUGCCUGUAUCGUCUCCAGAAGGGAUGAGUGAGCUUCAAAAAGUUGCUGUGCGAUUUGAAGAGGACACCUAUACUGAAGCCACCAACCUGUCUGAUUAUUUGCGGAAGAUCUCACUGAAAUUGGUGUCUAUGGAGGGUCAGAUGACAAACACACAACAGAACCCUUUCAACAUCCCCUCUCGGCGUGACCCCAUAGAGAGACCCCUGAUAUGGGAGAAUUUUCCGGCGGGCACUGUCAAUCAAGCUGUGCGAGUCAUAAUUCCUUAUUUGGAGGAUACAAGGGAGCCACAUCAGGUCAUCUACUUUGACGGUUGGAGAGGACUCGGUGCAUCUGCGGUUCUUAAAUCUGUUGCUGAACACCCUCCACCGCAUUUGAGAAACAGAUAUGAUCAAAUCAUCCAUAUUGAUUGCUCUAGGUGGAAAAGCCGGAGAGCACUCCAGAGGACAAUUGCAGACAAAUUAAGCCUUGGUCAAGAUGUCAUGGAUAUUUUUGAUAGACAAGAUGAGGAGGAGGAUUUCAGUGGGGUAGAUGAAGGCUCUAGGAUUGAGAUAGGAGAUGCCGGGAGAAAGAUCCAUGAAGCCCUGCAUGGAAAUAGUUUCCUGGUGGUUUUUCAUAAUGGGAGCAAUAACAUGGUUAACUUGAAUGAUUUUGGCAUUCCUCAACAGACAGAUCGAUGGUCAAACAUUAUUGGGAAGGUAUUGUGGACUUUCCGUGGAAGGCUUCGCGGUAUCCCAGGAAUGAAGCAGACAACAGAUCGGGAACAUAUAAGUCCAAGUUCAGAAUCAACCAAGCCUGGUUAUCAAUCACCAACAGAGCAAGAAUUUUCAAACAAGAAAUCCCCACAGACAGAGAGUGUAGACAAAUCACAUAUUUAUCUCUAUUCAUAUUUUGAUUAUGGUACAAGUAUAUUCUGGGAAGAACUAGUACAUGAAGAAGCUACAGAAAUAGCUCAAUACACAAAAAGAUUUGAUAUCACCCCAAAAGUUGCUGCAUUGUGCUGUAGGUAUUUGCUGUUACUAAAUGCCAAGGGUAUCGAGAACCUAGACUACAACUGGCCUGUUCAUGCCUCUAACUAUUGGGUUUGCGAUGGGAUUAUGCAAGAAUAUCAUCAAGACAAAGCAUGGGAGGUGGCCACUGCUUUGCAUGAAGAAAUGAUACUAGAGGACUUCUCAUCUUAUAGAUUUCCCAAAUUUGGUGAUACAACACGUUGGAUUGUAGCCACGAACUCUAAUAGUGAAGAAAUCAAGCCAGACACAACAUCAUUUUUUUGGGCAAAUAGAAGAGGAUCGGUAGCAUCAUUACCUGAUAACAUGUUCCAAAGAUCUGAGCAACUUCAUGUACUGAAACUUUGCCUUUGCACCUUCAACUUUUCUUCACCUCCUUUCCUUUAUUGCCCAAAUAUAAGAUUCCUUGGAUUGGAAAAGUGUAAGGAUCAACCAAAUAAACUAGAGGAAAACAAAGAAGAGGAGGACGAGCAGGAUAGACGAAGAAUUAAAUUUUUCCAGAGUCUGCUGGUGCUGGACAUAUGCUAUACAGACUGGGAAUUGAAUUCAUCCCCAAACAUAAUAGAGAGAAUGGUUACAAACAUUAGGGAGAUAAGUAUAAAGAGAGGAAGAAUUUGGAAUAAUCAAGGAUGGACAUGGAGACACCUACAAAACAUUCACAAGCUUCGAGUGAUUGAGCCUACAUGCCCUUGGGAGACAGACAACAUAGAUGAAUUCAGGGAUAUGCUGAAGCUGGAGCUCCUUGACCUGUCAGGGAAUAGCACAAUACAAGUUUUGCCAUGCUUGUCAGGUGCUACCAGUCUGAGGACACUAGUUCUAGAUGGUUGUAUUGGGGUAGAGCACAUUGGCCCCGAAUCACUUCCUCCAUCACUUGAAACAUUUAGCUUCGAUGCAAAGGCUGCAGAGGACCAUAACAAGGAAGCUAAAAUCUCCUGCAUCUCCAUGACAGGUUGUACUAGACUGGUGAACUUCAGAUUGUGUGGAUCUCUCCCGGAACUUGAGGAGUUGAGCCUCUCAAACACGUCAGUCAAAACACUUGAUCUCAAAGAUGAGGUGGUGCAGGUUCCAUGUCUCCAACGGAUCAUUUUGUUGGGCUGUAUGCGGCUUCGUGCUAUACUUUGGCCGAAUGAUGGAAUGCCCAAACUAAGGGUGCUGUGCAUUGACACUCGAGGAGGCACAGAAGCAGCUGAAUCGAAAGCACCGCAUGAUUCAUUCGUAAAUAAAGAACUAGAAGAAUCUGGGCGUGCUAGUGCUAGUGCUAGUGCUAGUGUUUCUGUUACAGACCUGAGGUUCCUUCAGUCGUUGUUGGUAGCAAGUGGCGACGCAUUUUUCUGGAAAAAUGCUCCAUUCAAUAUGAAUCUAUGCUUGUCAUCUACUAGCAAGGAGAAGAUGGCUCCAUAUAGCACUAGCAAAUUAGUUGGAUCACCACCACAGAAGUCACUGAUCUCUAAGAGUUACCAGACCUACAGUGAUGUCAACUUUGCCAAGGCAACCAUCGAUCAUGACGGCAGCACUGCUCAUCAACAGUUUCAGCCACUGGACCUCCAUGUAGAGAUUGGUGAGGGAAUAAGCAAUACUAAUGUGAUCACCGAACGAGGAAUCAGUGCUGCAAGGUCUUUCAUUAAAAGGGCCAAAUCGUUGCUUGUGCAUGACAACUUUUCCAUCAACACUGUUAUCCCUGAGAGCAUAGUUACUGAUGGCAAUUGGUCUGGUCUGAAGUGGUGCUGCAUCGAAAGAUGCCCCAAAUUGGACACUGUGUUCACAGCUAACUAUGAUUAUGGUUCCUGCUUUUCUGAACUAGAGACCUUUUGGGCGGCUGAUCUCUUGAUGGCACACUGUAUUUGGAACAUUAAUAUUAGAUCAGGCAGCGGUUGGUUCACAGGACCCUUCAGACAACUGCGGGCUAUAUAUCUGCACUUAUGCCCCAGGCUCACAUUUGUCCUUCAAUUGUCAUGGUGGUACUACGGUACCGGUACCUUGUCCAACCUGGAGACCAUCCACAUCGUCUAUUGUGGUGAUGUCAGUCAGGUAUUCAUCACCAGCUAUCAAGAAGGUGAAUUGGAGUUCCCAAAGCUGAAGCACGUACACCUGCACGAGCUCCCCAAGCUGCAUCAGAUAUGCGCCGCCAGGAUGUUUGCACCCAAGCUCGAGACCAUCUGGGUGAGGGGAUGCUGGAGCCUCAAGCGCCUCCCGGCCACCGCCGACCGCCCAAACAGCCGCCCAGCUGUGGACUGCGAGAAGGACUGGUGGGCGAAGCUGCAGUGGGACGGGAAAAAUGCUGGCCACCACCCUUCCCUCUUCCAGCCGCGUCAUUCCAAGUACUAUAAGAAAACUAUGCUCAGAGGGACGGUUCUCUUGUGAGCCAACCUGACAACGCUCUAGGUAGCUGCUCAGAUACGCUGGAUGGAGGGUGACGUCUCGCUGCUAAUUAUAUUUCUGCUGCGCUGAAUCAGAGUGCUUUGCGUUUGUUUGCCAUGUCUUUGCUGGGUUUUCUGAAGAAUAAAUUGGUGUUUGAUGCUACUGCAUUAUAGCAUCCACCAAGUUGUUUUGGGUGUGCUCCAAACUAUGUUAAUUUGUGUGCGUCUCUCAUGGGACUGACGCACCAGUGUUGUUUGGUUCUGUCUGUGUGUUUUGUGUGUGCGCGCGCUUGAAAUAAGAGAGAGGAACCCACAUGUGCCUUGGUGUUUCUACCAUAGUCACAGAAACCUCAUGGUGUGGGAGUGUUUGAGUUCCGAAGCCCUGGAGGCAGUUUGUAUGCGUGAUGGAUUGAUGCAGCAUCAUGCUAAUGCUGCAUAUCUAUUUGCAAACGAUUUGAUGUGAUCUACUUCAAGUGUGAACUAUUUGUUCCAA